AUGAUCGCUCCUUCCUGCGCCUUUACCCGUGUCGGCUUGAGGCGCAUUCCGAACGCCCCUUCCCCUCGGAACAGCAAUCCCGGCACCUUCGAACGCGCACGCAUCAACGUCCACCCCUCGAAUGUCGUCCGCAGGCCACAUGUCUCGGGGCCAAACACAGCAGGCAGAGUCGCGGACAAUGCGCAGACGAUUCCUGGGCCAAGCUGGCUUUGGCUCCAGCCCAUUGUCGGACCCUUCCGCGCAUACGGUCGCGCACAACAAAGGAGGCCAUACAGGACACAACUCAUAUCUUCGCUCGUCAUAUACUUUAUCGGCGACCUCGUUGCGCAGACCAUUGCGCCCGAGGAAACCCACAAAGUGGCAGAAGAUGCGGACGACAAGGGCUGGGUUCAAGAAUGGAGCGACGGCCGUGACUGGGCCCGAACAGGGCGAGCGCUGAUAAUUGGAGGAGUCAGCUCUAUCCCAUCGUUCAAGUGGUUCAUGUGGCUGUCAAACAACUUCAACUACAGAUCCAAGAUCCUGUCGCUUUCGACCAAAGUCUUCAUAAACCAGGCGUUUUUCACACCAUUAUUCAACUCCUACUUCUUCGGCAUGCAGUCGCUUCUAUCCGGCGCUACGAUACCCGAAAUCGUCGAACGCAUCAAGAACACAGUGCCAACAAGCUGGAUCAACAGCUGCAAAGUCUGGCCCAUGGUCACGGCAUUUAGCUUCACGUACAUCCCGAUAGAAUACAGAAGCAUAUUUGGUGGUGUCAUUGCCAUUGGCUGGCAGACAUACCUUAGUCUGCUCAACACAAGAGCCGCGGCAAAGGAGGGGAAGGAGCAUCUAGCGACACACGACGCACCCGUAACCGUCCGAACAAAUCACGCUAGAGUCGAGCAUGGCAUGUUCGGGCAGAAGUGCGCUGCGUAA